AAGCCGUUUUUGGGAGCAAUGCUGCGCUUGGCAGCGGUGCUUCUAUGGCUAAAUGUAGGGCAAGCAGGCGCUGAGCUUUGCCUUGACGAUGGUGUGCCAGGCAGCCAGCGAAAAUACAUUCAGGAUGAUUUGGGCAACGACAUUCCAAUUGGAGUGAUUGAAUGCGGCUGGGCAUCUUCCACGUUUCUCAACGGACUGAUAGUGAUGAUGAUUCAAGAGAUUCUUGGUUUUCAUGCUGUAAUCGAUCCCCGCGUGGGCGCGAGUGGAGCUUCUCCCAUCUAUGCAUUGGCCGGGUGCGCCGACUUUGACAAUGCCAAGGAAAAGAACUGUGGCUCUGAAACAAAGAUCCAUGUGAGUGUGGACUCCUGGUCUGGAACUCACGCCGCAGCUCAGCAGACCUUUGCGAAGCAAAACCCAACUGUUGCAGCGGAGGAUUUGGGAAGUAUGGGGUAUGCGGGCGAAGAGUCCAUGUAUGUGAGCCAGGAGAUUCUCCAUGCUGCCUACAGUGACGCUGGUCUUGCUUUGGACUUCUACAAAAGCUACAACACCACUCAUCACGACCCGAAGAAAUACUUCGAUUCAAUCCACGAUGUAGAUAUCUCAGAAUUGGCCUUGUGCAGCGAGACGGUCAUGAGCCACCCGAAUCGAAUGGGAAACUAUGCCCGCUUUUCGGGCGACUUGGACGGCGUGGAGCGCCAAGCAGACGGCACAUUCAUCGCCAAGUGUGCCAACCAUCGUUGGUGGUACGCCCCUGCAUGCCGUUCCAAUGCCUCCACAUGCAUCCCUGUCUUCACAGGAGGGGAUGGUUGGAAAUUGCAGGCGAUGAUGCAGUGGUCGACGGCAUAUGGAAUCCCAGCCGCCAUCGCCAUCUCUGCAGGAUGGUCCCUGUUCGUAAAGCACGUUCAGCUUCAUCGGGCUCUUCACUACUGGUGGGUUCCAGAUGCAACCUUCAUCGACAUGUUGCCCGAGCAGCUGAUCUUUGCUCGCCACAGUCCUAAUGAGUGGCUUGAAGGAGACAAGAAAACGGGCGGCCAAGGAAGCUACGUGUCUAAGAUGGUGAGCAAGAACUUGCAAUGGAAAGCGGGCCGUGUCCGCGAGUUUGUCUCCAGCAUCAACUUUGAGCUACCGGAAGUGCAAAGCCUUCUCUUGGAGGUUCAGCAGUCAGGUUCGAGCUACAACGUGUCCUGCAAGUGGAUGCGCGAGAACCGAGCCAGGUGGUCAGCCUGGAAACCCGUGGAGACCAACUGCUACGAAGGCUUUGGCUUGUUUGAUGCUGCGGGCAGCUUAGAGGACAGAUAUGUGGAGAGCCGUGAGGGCCUUUCAGACCUCCUGUGCCGAGCAUGUCCACCGGGCAGCAGCUCCGAAAAACUGGAGGACAGUCAGGGCACCACCUUCAUUUGCCGACGAUGUCCUGCAGGUCGAUCCCAGGUGUCAGGCGCCUCGCUUUCAUGCGACCUUUGCCCACUUGGAGAGUACCAAGAUGAGACUGGCAGCAUUUCAUGCAAACGUUGUGGCUUCGGAGAGUAUCAGAAUGCCACGGGCCAGAGCAGCUGCACUCGGUGCCCCGCAGGUACAACCACACUGGGGUUUCGUGCGCAGUCCAUCAACGAUUGCGGAUGCAAAGAAGAGACCAUCAACGUUCUUCCUGCAGCCUCCGGCAACUUCGAGUGCCAGCGAUGUGGAGAAGGACUUCGUUGCCCUUUUGGCUCCAGCGUGGAAAUGUUGAGGCAAGGCAGUGCUGACCUGGGUGAUGACUAUCUACCUCAAGUGGUGAAAGGUUACGUGUCACGUUUGGAAGAGCCGUUGCAGAUCUUUAAGUGUCGACCCGCCAGCUUCUGUUCGGGUGGAAAGCCAGGAGAAUGUGCUGGGGGGCUCUCCAGCAUGCCUUGUGCUUCUUGCGAAGAGGGGAAGACUUGGAGUGGCACCAAGUGUGAGGACUGCGGCGCAAAUGUGGUGGCAUGGGCACUGGCCAUGCCGGUAGCAGUCGCAGGUCUCAUUGGUGCCUACAGUUUUGUGAACUCGGAAGUCAUGGCCAGAGCUUCUGCCUUCCAGGCGUCCUUAAUGGCGGCGGGUAUCGCUGUGAAUGUCUUUCAGAGCUUAGCAAUUUUUGGGAUGAUGACCGUGCAGUGGACGCCCAACUUUGAAAGCACCAGCUCUAGGCUGAGUGUUUUCGUGAUGGACAUUGAGCUGCUGGGCCUGACGUGCGUGACCGGCCCGGAGAAUUUCCUUCGCUUCCUCAGCGCAGCGUCAGCGUUCCCUGCCGCUUCACUGGUGCUGGUGACUUGCUGGGCCUUCACCACAGGUUGGAACACCAUCUUCAAGCGUUCGAAGCUUCAGGUCACACCAUGGAGAUUCUACAAAACGGCCAACACCAUGGGCGUGAUCCUUCAGGUUGGCUUCGGCGCCCUGGCGGCGUUGGCCUUACAACCUCUCAUGUGCUACCGGCACCCCAACGGCCAAUACAGCUUGUUGAAGUACCCGGACACUAUUUGCGGAAGCGAUGAGCAUAAAGCCAUGCUGGGUGUAGGAAUUGCCCUGCUGAUCGUGUAUGUGGUGGGUUUCUUCGUUUAUUGCUGCUUUGGGGCUUGGAAACUACCUUCCUGGAGCUCGCAAGAGCGCAAAGAUUUGGUGAGAGCCUUCCUCUUCUUGAUCUCCAAAUUCAGACUUGAUGUCUGGUGGUUUGGGCUCCUGUUGCUGAUUCGCGGCUUGGGCUUCAGCUUGGCCAUUGUCCUUGCCAUGGACUCGCCACAAUUGCAGGUUGCUGUCGCCAGCAUCAUCAUGUCCGUCUACCUCUUCUUCCUGACCUUCGCACGACCUUGGAAGGCUCCGCUCAUCAAUGUAGCGGACAUUGCCUUGUGCAAUAUCCUCAUUCUGUUGGUCAAUCAAGCGGUUCAUCCCAGCAGCGCGGUCGACCUCCAGUUUGUUGAUCAUUUUUCCGCUGUGAUGGUGGUUUUGCUGAUUACGAUCUUGGUGAUGACUGUGAUGCUGUGCAUCUUGGCACUGGUUCUUGGUCGGCUCUUUGGCAGAGGAGAUUUCUUACUGAAUCUGGCUCGAGAGGGAGGUGAACGUGAGAAGAUUGCCGCAGCACUGAAGGAAUGUGCCCAAGAACUCUUGGCCGUUGAGGAGAAGGAUCUGGCACAGGACCUGGGUUUGAUGAACAUUUACGACCUGAAAGCCCUCAAAGCGGCCAUCUCUGCCGUCUUCGUGGAUGUGCUGGAAAUAUCCUCAAGUGCGUUGGCACCUCGUGUGGCCCUCUCCUCCACGAGGAAUACGAUUCGCGCCAUCGCAGCCUCCGAGCAGGUCGCCGCCGCGGUCCAGCAGGUUCCGCCCGUUCACCGCGCCUCCGAGGCUGAUCCGUCGACCGGAUCCGUCGGGGAAGGUGCGACCUGAAGCGAUGAGUGAGGUCGGACUGGGAAGAUGUGGGAAUUGAAUGGACUCUUUGAGACAGGACAAGGAGGAAUGUGUGGUUUUGCUGAGAUUGAUGAUUUUCCCGUUUUUUCUUUCCCAGAAUGGGGAAUAUGUUUAAAAUAGUGUAUAUAAAUAUAAAUAUAGAUAUAUAUUAUAUUUAAUAUAUAUUAAUAUUACUGUAGUUUUCCGGGUUCCUUCAGCAAAGAUUAAAGUAAGAUUGCCACAUCCAACCGCAAGUUGGCUGAUUCUGGUCCCGACUCUACGAGGUGUAGCGAAAGUGGUGCCAAUAUCCACCCCAAUCAACGAGCAGAGCUUUUUUGCAGGAGCUUUUUACAUAUACAUUUUAUAGACUAGGCAUCUCAGAUGGUCAGGUCAUGCAAUUUCGCAGUGUGCGACUGGUGGUACAGGUUUGUGAAGUCCCUCAUUAACUAUCUCUAUAGGUCGCAGUUGCCUUUGCUGGAAGCCUGUGUCUAUGCGAGCGCAAAAGGUUUCAUUUGAUUCUUGGUUUCUUGGUUUCCUAUCUUUGGCCGGCCGGCCUUGUCCCGCCUCAACUUGUUGUCGCGCAAAAAUAGACCGCCUGGCGGUCACUCUGUAUUCUGAAUUAGGCUCCAAAGUGGUUUUAAACGAAUUCUGAAUUCUUCAUACGCUUUCAAAAGGUAUAGGAUUCUAAAGGAACUUGCAGCAAGUUGGCUUUUCUGAACACCUUGGAUCUGGCAGGUGGAGGUGACAGCGCCAGAUGCAGCCACACCUCCCGCUGAUGCAGAGACGGAGGAGCUGGACACGGAGGUCCAGUUCAUUGUUGCAGACCCGGAGCAGCCUGAGUCCAUCGUGGCCACAAACCUGUAGAUCUGCGCGUCUCAUGAAAAUCCUGAGCUGGAGCCACCUCGGUGUGUAUUAAAAGAGGGAGACCUAAGAGACCCACCAGGCGUUCCGACCCAAGGGACAUAGACUGAGACAUACUUAGACCACCACAUAUCAGUCUACCCAGCCAGGGCCAGGGCGGCCAGGAGGGGGUCUCCUCGUCCGAUCCGGUCCUGGUCCGGCUGUCGCCCGUGGCUGUUGCCCGUGAGAACGCUCGGAACAGCCCAGAGGUGAAGUGAUUAGAAACAGGAGCCUACUGGGGCACCCUAUGCGAGAGUCUAGAAUAGGUGCUUCAACCUCUGUUGCGUCCUUUUUGAGCGCCUAUCUUUGAUCAAGCUUUGUACCCCUUGGCCUGGAUGUACCUGGCUUUGCCUUUGCCGCAACAUGGGUGAAUGGAACACGAAGGGAGGAGUCCUGGAACUGUUCGGAUGAUGCUGGCUGCUUUGCGGUCACUGGGCGCGCCAACCGUCUGCUGCUCCAAACGGAGCAGCAGACUGCCCUGUCCGAAGAAAGCGCGCGACCUGCUGGUCAGGACCUGCAGAGUAUGUGGCCGAACUGGCUUAUCCAGGGUAUGUCUGGCUUGUGCCAGUCUGGUCCA